AUGGACGACCACAAUGCCCAAUGCCCAGGAUGCACAAGGACCUUUUUCAAUGCUCACUACUGCAGGAGCCACCAAACCCAAAAGAAAUGCUAUCCUGAACCGGUCAAUGUUUCAGUUGCACAUACCAAACCGUUAUAUGCCAACUCACUGCACCAACAUGACGCACCAGACCAUGAUGAUUGCAAGCCGUCACCAUUGGUGCCAGGUUCACAGCCACAUGGGGAAGAUAACACAAAUGCUGUACCACGCGUUGCCACAACACGCAAAGAACUCCAGCAACAAAUCCAAGAAAUCAUACUGGGAAUUCUGGACAAGAAUUGGCACCAUCAAAACUUGUCCUUGCCUGUGCUGCCUGCCACCAGUCCCACCAAAGCUGAAAUAUCAAAUCCUGAUGUGACAAGGCUUGAGCUACCUCCGGACAUGGAUAAAAGAAUUGCAGAGUUCUUGGAUGACAUGCUGGCCAAAUUCAAAGCGCCACCAACCAGUACCAAAGACCAGGACAAUGGCAAUACUGAUAGUGAUAGCAAUAGCAAAUCUGACUUGGAAACCGCAAGUGUCAAUACCAAUGGACAACACAAUAUAGACCUUGAUGAAAUAGAAGUUGAAUUGUUAUUAGACAUAGAAUCCAAGGACGGCUAUGAAGCUUACCCGGAGUUUGGUGAAGACCAUUUGGCUCUAGAUGACAAUAUAGCUAUGAGCCCAACACCAGAUACAGACAUGAUGGAUAUUGGUCAAACCAACAAGGACCUGCAAAUGGAUGAGUUGGAUAUGCCCAGGGCUUGUUUAAGGCAAUGCCUCAACUGUCUGGAGCACUUACAUCAGCAGAAGGUACACACAGCAAUGUUGCCGGCUUGGCCAUUUGCGGAUUAUCUUGAGUUCCAGUUUGUGCAAUGGCUGGUUGAGAAUGAUGUCAGUCAAGGAGCCCAAGACAAGUUAAUCAAGCUACCAAUUAUAACCCAGCAGGCUGGUCUCUCCUUUUCAAGUAAUCAUACCCUGAACAAGCUUCUUGAUAAGCUCCUGACAGCUGGUCCAAAGUGGUGGCGGAUUACGCAAAAAAUCACUGGCAAUAUUACCGGUGCAAACAGAAAAAAACUCACUGAAUUAGUGGAGAUAUGGAUGCACAACAUACUCCAAGUUGUAGAAGAGUUGCUGGGAAAUAUUGCGUAUGGGAAGCAGUUAGUUUUUGUCCCACAAAAGGUCUACCUGGAUGACAGCAAGAGAAAGAUAGAUGAAAUGUGGACGGCUGAUUGGUGGAAUGAAACACAAAAAAAGCUGCCACCAGGGGCAACGGUCAUUCUGAUAAUAAUAUCUUCAGAUGCAACCCAACUCACCAAUUUUUUGGGUGGAAAAUCUGCCUGGCCAGUGUACAUAACUAUUGGAAACAUACCUAAAAGUAUCUGUGCAAAGGUCAGUAGCUAUGCAACCAUGUUGCUGGCGUACCUCCCUUCUCCAAAAUUCAACUGUUUCACAAAGAAGGAGAGGGGGAAUCAGAAAUGCAAACUCUUUCACCAGAGUAUGCAAAUGAUUCUUGAGCCUUUGGUGAAGGCCAGGAACAAGGGUGUUGAAAUGGAGUGCGGCAACAGACAAUGA